GAGCACCGACUUCUCUCAGAACGCUUGGCUGCUGCUGAGCAGGACAAGGCUUCCGCGGCAGCCAGGUGUCGAGAGCUCGAGGCCCUUUUGAAGGCGCAGGAGACGGCGCUGGCAGAGAGCCGCAGGGAGGCCGCCCAGGCCAAGGAGGAGGCGGAGCAUCAGCGCGCGGAAAUGGAAGCUCUGCAAGCCAGGUGCCAAGGCCUGGAGAAGAGUCAGGAGGUGCGAAAAGUGGGCUGGGAGCUCGUCGCGAAGAAAGACCUCGAAACGGACUCCAAGGAGCCUCGGCCCGCCACCUCGCAGUCCGUGAACUCCGGGACCUUGGUCAGCUUCGAGUCCGCGGCUUCCCAGGCCUCGCUGAUCUACUGCUCCAGCGCCAACUCCCUGAGGUCUGUGGCCGAGUGGGUCUUCCCCUUGCAGAACCGGAUCCUGCCCCCGGAGAAAACCUAUGAUCGGCAGCUCCUCGCCCCGAGCGAUCCCAGGCGGCAGUGGCUGGAGGAGUACAUCCAAGGCUCCCUGAUGUCCCACCGAAAGAUGUACGACUCGGAAGAGUGGUGCUCGCCACCACAGAUCGAGAUCAUCCGGAUCUCCGAAGUCUUCAAUCCCAUCGUCAACAACGCUUACUACCAGCAGCUCUCGCAGAUGCAGGAGGUUUGGGGAACGGAUCGUCAGCCGCUGCCGGAGAUGUCUCGCGCGAUUCCCAUCCGAACGGCCUGGGACCGGAACCGGAUGAACGAGGUGCUGCUCUUCCACGGAUGCAAGUGGGACUCGCUCUUCGGCAUCCUGCGUGAGGGCUUCGACCCGCGCCUGGGUGGCAUCAACACCGGAGCUGCCUUUGGCAUCGGCUGCUACUUCACCACGGUGGCCUCCAAGGCGGACGCCUACACCGAGCGCUGGGAGGAGUGGGAAGGGCGGCCGAACUGUGAGAUCCCGGCAGACCUGCGCUGCUUGCUCGUUGCAAGGGUGGCGCUGGGCGAGAUCUCCGAGCUGCGGGACGCGGACGCCUCGCUCCGGCGGCCCCCGUGCAGCACGGCAGACGUGCGUUGUGACUCCGUCCUCG